GCCUUGUUUUGAUGGCCGAAUAGUGCAGACCAGCGUUCGGAACCUUCCAUAGUGCGGGCAACAAAAAAACAAACCAGAGGAGCAGAAAUAAGUGGCAAAAAAUAAGCUCGUUUAUCGCCAAAGAAGAUGUCAGUGCACCAUUUGUGAUUUUUGCAAAUAAUCUUGGUACAGUUCAGCAGUUGUUGCCGUAAAAUAAAAUACGUGAAAUGGGACUAUGUGAUUUCAAUGGAAGAACGUCUACGUAUUAGUUCCUAGUAUUGCUAUUUUCAAGAAUGGUGUAUCAUAAUCUAAAUGUGAAGUAAGAUGGCUUUCAAUAAUACUAAUUAUGUUCAAAAAGCAUUCUUCAUACUAUUGUUGCUUGCGUCUAGUAUCAAUUUUGUGUUUAUGAAGUGCUCACCAGGUAUAUCAACGAUUGGUUACACAUUUCCCCAUGGAGACAUUACUUUGCAAUAUGCCGAAGAUCCUCUUGAGAUAACUUGUGUGAUAGAUGAUAAAAGCUUUUUAAAAAAUGAAACAAAUCCUAGUAGGUUAAUGGCAUUCCUUGACGGACCUGUGGAUUUAUCAAGCUACGUUGAAAUUUUGAAUGAAACCAGUAUAAGGUUAUAUAGAGAGAAUUUAGAACUAACAGAUUCCACGGUUGUGUGUACUUAUAAUGGUACUGCAGUGUGUCUAAAUAAAGUUGUGGUUGGAUUAAAACCACAAACCGUAACAGACUUUAGUUGUAUUGGUUACAAUUAUGAUAAUUUGACGUGUUCUUGGACAGCUCCAAAGAACUAUGUAAAAACUAAUUAUGCUCUGACAUACACCUUUAAGGGUAGAGCAGGAAGGAAUCCCAAUAGUUGCGAAAUACUUAUAAAUAAUGACAUUAUGAGUUGCUUUUGGAGUGUAUCAUCAAAUCCACAUUAUCGUCAAGUACAACCUACUUACAACUUCGAGUUAACCAUGUCCAAUAAAUUUGGCAAUAAUAGUAUAAACUAUACAUUGGAUCAUUUCAAAUACGUUAAACCCAACCCUCCCGAGAAUUUGAAAGUUGUUAAUUUGACGACAAAUUCAAUAUUAUUAAAUUGGACAAUUCCAAGUUCGAUUUCUCAUUUCGAACCCGGACUACAAUAUAGAAUACUCUAUCAGUGCGAACCUGGUCCCAAGGAAUGGAAGUUGGCUUAUUUAGGUUACAUGAAAAAUAAAAAGGAAGUGACCUAUAAUUUGAACGGACUUCGGCCUCACGAGUUGUGCGAUAUCAGAGUGUCUUUGAGAUCAAACAAGUCCGACGAUGAAAAUAUGUGGUCCGGGAACUCAUCGCUGACAACAAGAACAAUCAGUGACAUACCGGCGGCGUCUCCGAAAACAAUUUUGGGAAGCUAUGAAUUGCUUCAAUCGACAAACAACUUAAACACCAGGGAGGUGUACAUUUACUGGCAACAAGUACCUGAAGAGUUAAAGAAUGACGACACCUUCGAAUAUUAUGUAACCGAGAUGAACGGAAGCAGUGAGCUGAACCUGACUGAGAUAACAAAGUCUUAUGCUCAUUACGCUGACCUAUUAACAUACAAAGAGUACACAUUCUUGAUUUGGUCGCGGAACUCCAUUGGAUUAUCCGUGAAUCAUUCUAUAGUCAGUGUACCGUCAGCUGAAAACCGUCCUUCAGCUCCGACUUCAUUAAUAAAGAUUGCUGGCAACAACAAUCAUUAUCAACUGCAUUGGGAAAAGCCAAGUAGCAACAAUAUCAUCACUAACUAUACCAUAUUUUGGUGCAAGAACUCUAAAGAUAGACCGUUCCAAUGUAGCGGUUAUUUGAACUGGAAAACUGUACCAAGUUAUUUACUGGAGCAUAAUAUUACAAUGGAGGAUAACGACGUUGUGCAAUUCGCUAUUGCGGCAAACUCUUUUGACUAUAGUAGUGGUAUGGUUUGGGCUGGUUGCACAAUUCUCCAUAACAAAAAUGUGGAUAAAAUAAAGGAUGUAUAUAGGAUCACACUCAAGUCUACAUCAAUUGAGCUCAAAUGGAAAUUGGAUUGCAUCCACGGCAUCGGCGGAAUUACAGGUUAUAUUAUUUAUUAUUGCCGCAUUGGAUCGCCAAAGUCGAAGGUUUGCAAAGGGGAACAAUAUAAUGUGACAAUCAAAGGGGAUAAAACUACUACUACUGGUAUCGUAGAAGGAUUAGAACCUUACACCACUUACAUGCUAUCUGUGUCUUUAAAUACUACUCUCGGUAUUAUCAGUGAACAGAGUGAAUCUAUUCACGAAACAACUUUAGAAGCCGCUCCAAGUCAACCAUUAAAUUUGACUCUACUGGAUGUGACAAAUUCCUCAAUCAAAAUCUCUUGGAUUCAGCCAAAAAAUUUGAAUGGUAUCUUAAAGUACUACGAGAUCCAUUAUAACAAUAGAUCAAUAAAAGUCGACAAAGAUGUCCAAAACGUUAAAACUUACAAUUAUACUUUGGACAACUUGACAAGUUAUGAAAGUUAUAACAUAACUAUAGCAGCUUGUACAACUGCUUGUUCAGAGCAUUCGAAAAACGUGGAUGUAAAGACUAUCAUUGGAAUUCCGGGAAAGAUCAAUCAACCUAGAGUAACCUAUCAGAACAAUUCGUUUAUUCUGAUUAAGUGGGAUCGACCCUAUGUACCACGUGGAAAGAAUGACUAUUAUCAAAUCAGCAUUCGCGGGAAAUCAAACAGAAUUGAUAGACCCGACUACCGUAACAUUACCGAUACUCAAUAUCCUAUUGUUGACUGUGGUGGAGCUGAUGAAAAGGUGGACACCUACACCAUUGCAGUCAGAGCCGUCAACAUAAAAGAAAGUACUCACUUGAAGGGACCCUGGAGCGAUGAGUUGGAUUUCUAUUGCUCAAAUCAAACCAACUUUGUGAUUUGGAUCAUUAUGGCAUUAACGUUUAUAUUUGUAGCAGUUUUAGUGUACACACUCAGAAAAGUGUUCAUUUAUUGCAAGGAUAUGCGAAAUGUUGAGCUGAAACUGCCUCCAGGUUUGGCACCGAUUCCCGCUGAAUGGGUACAGAAGGUUCAAGAGGAGCCUGAGUAUAGACCGCCAGCUGACGAAGAAUUGCUUCUUGAGAAGAUCAGUGGAUCAGUGAUCAUGUCCGGAGAUUCAAGCGGUUGCAGCUCAGGCCAUGGCAGUGUCGUCUCUGAUACUGGAACUACUUUCUCUACAGGCGCAUCGGAUUCGGGCACCGAACAAAAUGAACUGAGAAAACGCUCAAGAAAUAAUCCUGUUGGUCCAAUGAGGGUCACCGCAAACACUGGAUAUGUGACAAUGCCAACUGACUUGAUAAAAACCACAAGGGUUAAACCAACGACUGGAAACUAUUGUGUAUUAGGUGUGGAUCCUACCGUGCAAGAUACCACAGAAAGUGGUUACGUAACGCAGGCACCGAUGGAACUGCCGAAGACGACCCUCCCAUAUAUAUCUUGUGAUGCCAUCAAUAAUCCUCACAUCACUACCGACGUGACAAAGGCUACUAACUCUGGUUACAUUCCGUUGAAUUAUCCAGAGAUCAGUGAAACUUCUAAGAACCCAGCUUAUGUGAUGGCGGGCAACAAGACCUUGCUUUUGCCUGAUAUUGUAAAGGCUCCUGAAGAGAAGAUGUACGUGCAAGUUUCGGACGCCUCCGCUAAGGGCCUGAGCGCAGGCUCCUGGAACCCACCGGUGGAAAACACGAUCAGCAAAGGGUACGUUUCUAUAGGUGAAAUGACUCCACCACCCGUGAAAAGAAUUGAGAACAAGGGUUACGUACCACAUAGACAUUUGAUGAAAGAGGAUUGAUUGAGGAAAUUAGCAUUUGCAAGUGACACUAAGGAACUUUUAUGAAUCUAUUGAUGAACUAGUGCAUGCUGUCAACUUUAUCCCUCACAUCUAUUUCAUUAAUUAUUUUUUUUAACUUCGAACGUAACUAAUGAUAGUUGGGGUUGAGGUACCACCUAUGUACACGUCCAUGCCACCUCCUUUUUAUAAUACGUGACACGCCGGACACCUGUUAUUGUAAAUGUACAGUAAGUAAGUGCGGCCCUAGGUGGAAGCUCUGCCCUAUAAUUUUUAUUUUUGUAAAUAUGAGAUUUCGAUUAACUAUUUUUAUUUUUAAUUUCGUUCAAGAUUUCUUUUGUAUAUAUAAAUAUGUUUUAUUUUUGUAUUUGUAUUUUUACAUGGAGUGUCUUUGCAAAGUUUGUGCCUUAUAUCGGCGAAGAGAACAAUCGAAUCUUAUCUUUAUUUAUGUUCUUCAUCUUAUGCUAAAUUCUAUAUCAUUCGCGCACUGUUUUUUAAACUGAUUAGUUCACCAUUUUUUGUUUGUCUUGUUUCAUUUCUCUUUUUUUUUUAAUUGUUCGUAUAUAAUUUUUUUUCUGAUCGCAGCGUUGAACGUUAUGAUUGCAUAAUGUUCAUGCCGAUCUUUCAACAGACAUCGAUGUAACUUGCCAAUUGAUUAACGCUUUUAUUUAUCACUCCCAUCGCUUUAGAUACGUUAUUUGUUUUGUAUGGAACUUGUGUUGUAUCAGAAAUAUAUAUAUACCUAACGCGAUGCCUCAACAACCCCUGACCCCACAGAAACCAAAUGUUGGAAUUAAUGUAAUACAAAAUUAUUAAGUAAAUGAAGUAAUAAUAUUUGUAUAUAUUCAUUAUGCAAUAAACGUAGUUUUAAUUUUG